CUCGUCGCCUCUCCGUCUUCGCGAGCCUCCGCACGUCCCGUCGUGGUAGUCCCGUCAGCAUCAUGGCGAACGUUGCGGACACCAAACUGUACGACAUCCUCGGGGUUUCGCCCUCCGCCUCCGAAAACGAACUGAAGAAGGCCUACCGCAAAUUGGCAAAAGAGUACCACCCCGACAAGAACCCCGAUGCUGGAGACAAGUUUAAGGAAAUUAGUUUUGCGUAUGAGGUAUUGACUAACCCAGAGAAAAAGGAGCUUUAUGAUCGCUAUGGAGAACAAGGGCUACGAGAGGGAGGAGGUGGAGGCCCCGGCAUGGACGACAUCUUCUCUCACAUAUUUGGAGGAGGGUUGUUUGGCUUCAUGGGGGGACAAGGCAGAGGCGGACGCAAUGGUGGUAGGAGGAGAGGAGAGGAUAUGGUCCACCCCCUAAAAGUUUCUCUUGAAGACCUCUACAAUGGCAAAACCACUAAACUGCAGCUUAGUAAGAAUGUUCUCUGUGGUUCCUGCAAUGGUCAGGGUGGUAAAGCAGGAGCAGUGCAGAAGUGUGUCGCAUGCAGAGGCCGUGGUAUGAGAAUCAUGAUCAGACAACUGGCCCCUGGCAUGGUGCAACAAAUGCAAUCAGUCUGCACAGAUUGCAAUGGAGAGGGUGAGGUUAUAAAUGAGAAGGACCGCUGUAAGAAGUGCGAGGGACAUAAAGUGUGUAAGGAGACCAAGCUUUUGGAGGUGCAUGUGGACAAAGGCAUGAGACACGGCCAAAAGAUCACCUUCUCUGGGGAAGCUGACCAAGCACCAGGCACUGAACCAGGAGAUAUUGUCCUGGUGCUGCAGGAGAAAGAACAUGAGGAAUUCCGUCGUGAUGGCAAUGAUCUUCACAUGACCCAACGAAUUGGCCUGGUGGAGGCGCUCUGUGGCUUCCAAAUGACUGUUACACACCUUGAUGGACGCCAGCUGCUUGUGAAAUACCCACCUGGCAAGGUCAUAGAGCCAGGCUGUAUUAGAAUGGUGCGCGGAGAGGGAAUGCCUCAGUAUAGAAAUCCAUUUGAGAAAGGAGACCUGUUCAUCAAGUUUGACGUCCAGUUCCCUGACAACAACUGGAUCAGCUCUGAAAAACUUAGUGAACUUGAGGACUUGCUGCCUGCUCGUGCCGAGAAUCCUGUCAUUUCUGCAGAUGCUGAAGAAGUUGACCUGAGGGAUUACGAUAGGGGUCAGGGUACAGCAGGGGGAGCCAGGAGAGAGGCCUACAAUGAUAGCUCCGAUGAGGAGGGGGGGCAUCAUGGCCCAGGGGUGCAGUGUGCACACCAAUAGAAAGACUCACACAUAUACGCACGCACGCCUAUAUGCACUCAUACACCCAUCCAGUCCCAUCUCUCCCACCAGUCAAGACUUUAUGUACAUACCAUGCACAUACCUCUCCUUUCUCAGUUCCCAGGGAAACGAGAGACACACUCUUACAUCUACCAGCUCUCCCUAGUUCCAGUGUGCCCAUCAGUCCUGGAUGUGUGGCCACCAUUUCGUGUUUAUGUACAGUAGUUGUAAUCAGAGCCCCGAGCCAUAAAGUGAUUCCAUUCUUUGGGGUUCAAACCCUCAACUGGAUUUCAGCCGCCCUAGGUUCAUCCUACGCCUCUACCUUUCACUGUGGGAACACACCAGUCCAAUGUAUAAAAUGCAAAUAUUGUUGACCAUCUUGUAUAAGGUGUAGUUUAGUUGAUCACAUGCAAGCGCAUGCUGCUUCUUGCUGAAGAACUCUCAUCUAGAUCCUGGGAUCCCCGUGAAGAUCUCCAACACCAGAACUGUGUAUACUUCCAUUAUUACUGCUAUUAAAGUGCCCUGCAGUCAAAGGAACUGACCUGAUUACAGCCCAAAAAAAGCAUGUCCUCAUGAGCCUGCUGAGAGUCACACCAGGAGACAAUAAACCUCUUUUUGUCAGCUCAACCUUCUCAUUUUAACUAAAAGGGAGCUUCCUGGUUCUCAUCCCCCAGCUAACUUGCUGCUUAAAGUAUUUAAGUCCCCACAAUAGCACUUCUCAGACGCCAUGUUUUCUUCCUUGGGAGCUAAAGCAAUUGUGUGCUUGUUGGGUUUGAGUGUUCGUGACCACAGAACUUGAACCUGUCGUGCAUUUUCUUCGAGCUAAAGACUUCCUUUUAUAUUUGUAUCUGAAUGUGUGUAAUUCAGUGGCUCACGUGGAAGCUGCUGUAGAAUGUUCAGGCUUCUGUUUUUUUUUGUCUCAGUAGGUUUUCCGUUUGGCUUCUGCGUUGCUGGACACUAGUUAAGGUCAGUUGAAGGGGAAGAUGCAGUUGAAUGGGUUCCGUUUGUUGAGAAUCUCCCCUACUUGGACAACACUCAUUAUUAGGACCACGAGUUCUUCCUCCUGAUCAGGAAAACCUCGGGGCCCCUACCUCUGUAUAAUCACGUUCUCACUGUAGACAUUUUAGCCAGACAGACGUUCGUGGACAUGUUCUGCUUGAGAACCCCAUUCCCAUCGACAUGUAAAUACAAGCUUUCGUCCACCCUCCGUUUAUUUUGAGUGAGUCAUGGCUGUUUGUGCCACUGCACAUGAUAUGUUCAUAUUAUGGAGAGUAGACUGAACAUCUCCAGAAUGUCGAGAUGCACCUCGGUGACCCAUUGUACAUGCCAUUUAUGUCACGGGGGAAAAACGAAACAGAAUGGGUUCAUUGAUAAUGAAGUUAUUGUUAAUGCUUAUGUUUGUCAAGCUAAUAAUUAAAACCAUAAUAAGCAAACAUUACAAGAUUGUUGGCUUUGUGUCAGUUUUUCUAAAUGUUCCACAUUAGCUCCUAAACUGACACAUCAGAACGGUAACCUGGGUAGAAGA